UGAAAGUAAAAGUAAAUGAACACAGUUGUUGUCGCCAUGUUAAACAGACAGAAUCGAUGAUUUACAAUACAAAAUAUCUUUAAAUCUUUAAUAUAGUCAUUUACAAAUGUUAAAGUAGGAAUUUGUGUGCAGCUACCUGAUGGGAAUGUGAAUCGUUUCAUCUGGAGUCAGUGGAGAUCAAACUGUUCAGAUCCAUCAUGGAUCAGACUCAAACAUCUGGAGAUGAAGAUUUGUUUCCAGGAUGCAGUUCAGUUCAGUUCAGUUCAGAUCAUCUGAAGAGAUCAGAACCAGAGUCCAGUUGUGUGUCUAUGAGGAGUGACGUGUCUAUGAUUGAUCCACUAAACUUUAAGAGUGGAGAUUCACGGCCUGGAAUCAGUUCAGUUCAUCAGAAGAGAUCAGAAAAAGAGUCCAGCUGUGUGUCUAUGAGGAGUGACGUGUCUAUGAUUGAUCCACUAAACUUUAAGAGUGAAGAUUCACGGCCAGGAAUCAGUUCAGUUCAGUUCAGUUCAGAUCAUCUGAAGAGAUCAGAACCAGAGUCCAGUUGUGUGUCUAUGAGGAGUGACGUGUCUAUGAUUGAUCCACUAAACUUUAAGAGUGGAGAUUCACGGCCUGGAAUCAGUUCAGUUCAUCAGAAGAGAUCAGAACAAGAGUCCAGCUGUGUGUCUAUGAGGAGUGACGUGUCUAUGAUUGAUCCACUAAACUUUAAGAGUGAAGAUUCACGGCCUGGAAUCAGAGAUCUCCGACUGGAGCCUCUGAGUGGAGACCUGCAGCAGAAUUCUCACCAACCAAAAGAUGAUGAACUACAGAGAGUCAAAGACCAGCACAAAGCCAGCAUGAAGAAAAAGUAUGAGAGAUUAUUUGAGGGAAACAACCUACAAGAGAAUGAUACCCUCCUGAAAAGGAUCUAUACACAACUCUACAUCAUAGAGGGAGAGAGAGAAGGAGUAAAUGAAGAACAUGAGGUUUUACAGAUGGAGAAAACAGCCAGAACAAAACACUCACAGGACACUCCAAUUGACUGCAAUGACAUCUUUAAAGCUUCACCUAAACCAGGAUGUGAGGAGAAAGACCAAAUCAAGACUGUUCUUACUAAAGGAAUCGCUGGAAUCGGAAAAACCGUCUCUGUGCAGAAGUUCAUUCUGGACUGGGCCGAGGGAAAAGCCAAUCAGGAUGUAGAUUUUAUGUUUGUGUUUUCAUUUCGAGAGCUGAACUUGAUCCAAGAUCAUCAGUACAGUCUUCACAGACUUCUGCUGGACUUUCAUCCUGAACUUCAAGAUCUGGACUCACAGAUUUAUGAGGAGUGUAAAGUUGUGUUCAUCUUUGAUGGUCUGGAUGAAAGCAGAAUCACACAGAUGUUUUCAGAUGCUCAGAAAUUUUGUGAUGUGACUGAGACUUCAUCAGUGGGUGUGUUGAUGUCAGAGCUCAUUAAAGGAGAGCUGCUUCCCUCUGCUCUCAUCUGGAUCACCUCCAGACCAGCAGCAGCCAAUCAGAUCCCCUCUGAAUACAUCAACCGUCUGACAGAAAUCCAGGGAUUCACUGAGCCUCAGAAGGAGGAAUAUUUCAGGAAGAGAAUCAGUGAUCAGCAUCAAGCCAGCAGAAUCAUCUCACACAUCAGAAGAGCAAGAAGCCUCCACAUCAUGUGCCACAUCCCCGUCUUCUGCUGGAUCUCAUCCACUGUGCUUCAGAAGCUCCUGGAAGAAGAUCUGAGUGUAGAAAUCCCUCAAACUCUGACUGAAAUGUACAUCCACUUCUUGCUGAUUCAGAUCAACAUGAGAAACCAGAAGUAUGAAGAGAGAGAUCCAGAGAAACUCCUGCAGUCCAACAGAGAACUGAUUGUGAAACUUGCUGAAGUGGCUUUCAAACAGCUGAUAAAGGGCAAUAUGAUGUUCUAUGAGGAGGACCUGAUUGAGAGCGGCAUAGACGUCACGGAUGCCUCACUGUAUUCUGGGAUGUGCACUGAGAUCUUUAAGGAAGAGUCUGUGAUUCAUCAGAGGAAAGUCUACAGCUUCAUUCAUCUGAGCGUUCAGGAGUUUCUCGCUGCUUUCUAUGUGUUUUACUGCUAUUUAACAAAGAACAAGGAACCACUGCAGUUUCUGGAUGAACAUACACAUAACUAUGACCCUGACUAUCGAUAUGGUAAGCAUAUGUCUGAUGAACUCUGUCUGUAUGAUCUACUAAUGUCAGCAAUACAUAAAGCCAUUGGGAGUAAGAAUGGACAGCUGGAUCUGUUCCUGCGGUUCCUGCUGGGCGUCUCACUGGAGUCCAAUCAGAGACUCUUACAGGAUCUACUGACACACACAGAGAACAGCUCAGAGAGCAUCAGGAAAACCACACAGUUCAUUAAAGAGAAGAUCAAAGAUGGAUAUGGAUUCUCCACUGAACGAUCAAUAAAUUUGUACCUCUGCCUGUUGGAAGUAAAAGAUCAGACUCUGUCCAGAGAGAUUCAGGAGUUUGUGAAAUCAGGCAAACACUCAGAGAAAAAACUCUCUCUUGCUCAGUGCUCAACAAUCGCCUACAUGCUUCAGAUGUCAGAGGAGCCUCUGGAUGAACUGAACACCAUGAAAUGCAACACAUCAGAUGAGGGUAAAAGAAGACUGAUACCAGCUGUGAUCAACUGCAAAAAAGCUCUUCUUUCUGGCUGUAAUCUAACUACUCAGCAUUGUGAAGUAGUGUCAGUAACUCUUCAAUCCAUAAGCUCUGUCCUGAGAGAGCUGGACCUGAGUAACAAUGACCUGCAGGAUUCAGGAUUGAAGCUGCUCUCUGAUGGACUGAAGAGUCCAAACUGUCAACUGCAGAUACUGAGUCUUGCAGGCUGUAAUCUUACUGGUCAGAGUUGUAAAAUUGUGUCUUCAGCUCUACAAUCCUCAAACCAUGCCCUGAGAGAGCUGGACCUCAGUAACAAUGACCUGCAGGAUUCAGGAGUGGAGCUGCUCUCUGAUGGACUGAAAAGUCCAAACUGUGAGCUGCAGAUACUGAGAUUGGCCACCUGUAAUCUCACUGGUCAGCAUUGUGAAAUUGUGUCUUCAGCUCUUCAAUCCUCAAAUUGUGUUCUAAGAGAGCUGGACCUGAGUAACAAUGACCUGCUGGAUUCUGGAGUUAAGAUGCUCUCUGGUGGACUGAAGAGUCCAAACUGUCAGCUGCAGAUAUUGAGGUUGUCUGGCUGUAUGGUGACAGAGGAAGGCUGUGGUUAUGUGUCUUCAGCUCUGAGUUCAAACCCCUUACACCUGAGAGAGCUGGAUCUGAGCUACAAUCAUCCAGGAGAUUCAGGAAUGAAACUACUCAACCACAAACUGGAGGAUCCAAACUAUCAACUGCAUAUACUCAAUGUGGAUCAUGGGGGAGAGUUCAUGAUAACAGCAGGACUACAAAAAGUAUGCCUGUGAUCUCACACUGGAUCCAAACACAGCAAACAUUCGUCUCGUCCUGUCUGAUGAGAACCGGAAGAUUACACGUGUGUUAGAGGAACAGCCGUAUCCUGAUCAUCCCGACAGAUUUGAGGAUAUUCCUCAGGUUC